AUGUUGCGUUCAUCAGUUCUAAGAGUCUCUAGAGGGGCAACAACCAUUAUUUCAAGAAAUAUCCAUACCUCAAGAUUCUUACUCGAUGCCCAACCUUUUUUAAUGCCUGCCAUGUCCCCUACCAUGGAAAAAGGUGGUAUUGUAUCUUGGAAAUUUAAGCCUGGAGAAACAUUCAGUGCUGGGGAUGUAUUGUUAGAAGUUGAAACUGAUAAAGCUCAAAUAGAUGUAGAAGCACAAGAUGAUGGUAAGAUGGCUAAAAUUGUUGUUGAAGAAGGUAAGUCAAAUGUUGAUGUAGGCACUGUGAUUGCUUACUUAGCUGAACCUGAGGAUGAUAUAUCUUCUUUGACUUUCCCAGACGCACCAGCUGCACCAAUUAAGAAGGCCUCGUCUGAUGCUGCUUCUAAUGCUCCAGCUUCUGCUGAUGCAACCCCUAAGGUAUCUCAAGAGAAAAAUACUAAUGAAAACGUUCUUCAGGAUGCUAAUAAAGAUCAAACUUUUUUCCCAUCGGUAGAGAUCUUACUUCAUGAAAAUGGCAUCUCAAGAGAAACUGCUUUACAAUCCAUUAAAGCUACUGGUGCUAAUGGGAAAUUAUUGAAGGGUGACGUCCUUGCCUAUCUAGGUAAAAUUCCUCAAGAAUCUGUGACAUCUAUUGCUCAAUUCAUCAAAAGUGGAGAAAAAUUAGACUUAUCAAACAUUCAAUUGAAAGAUACAAAACCUGAUACUACUAGUUCAGCUGCCCCAGCAAAGGAUUCAAAAGAAGAAACUGCUUCUAAAGCUGAAGUUGAAUCAAAAGAAAACCCUGUUGAAAAGAAGGCGCCACCAAAAUUCAUUGACCUUGAAGAAACUUUUUCAUUUAUUGUCACAGAAAAUCCUACUUUUGAAGAAUUAGAUAAUGUUAUUCAUUCUUUUAUUUAUAAGAAUUUUGCCCUUGCUCAUUCGGAUCCACUUGUAAAUACAAAUUCUGUCUUAUAUGAUCCAUUAUUUGAAAGUUUAUUAACUUCUGAACCAAAUCAACCAAGAUUUACAUCAACUUAUACUUUGUUGCCAGUUAAAACUUCUGCUCCCAAAUUGAAUAGAUACUCAAAACGUGAUUUGUUUGAUGAAUUAUCUACCAGUCCAAGCAACAAAUUUAUUUUAAACAAGAAAAGUUCUACAUUAGAUGAAAUUGAUUUAUUAGAUGAACAACCAGUAAAAGAAAAAGGUCAGAAAUAUUUGUUGUCAUUAAACGUUAAAGUCGAUAUGAAGUAUGCAGAUUCUGUUGAAAGAGCAAACAGAUUUAUUGAAAGAGUAGGUAAACUCAACUUUUAA